AUGGACAACAACCCUCGCAAACCCCCCGUGCGCCGAGGGAUACAGACGGUGGAGGUCUCCAGUGCCCAGGCAUUGAUUGACAAUCAUCUCAAGGGGCGACGGGGUCCAGUACCGGUGCUGCUGAUGGCGUCACGAGCGCCCCCGCCACUGGCGACUACCAGACCGCCAGGCGCUACUAAGGCGCCAGCGUUUGCCAAUGUGCUGGUCCCUGCUCGCAGUCAUGCUAAAGAAGACUGCCAUAACCCUCAAUGUACUCACUGUGGCCUGGUGAUCAUUCCAUCGCCCCAACUGAGUCUCCCCAUCCGUGACCAGCCACUGAUCUCAGUCAAGGACUGGCUGAUUUACACAAUCAAGCGGCCCAUCCUUUCUAGUGCAGAGCUUGAUGCAUUGGAGCUGCGGUUCGAUUUUCCGUUGCCGGAAAUGAUCUUUGGUAACAACUACGUUAAACUCGUCCACGACCCGUCGCUGAAACAAAUCGUGUUCAAUGCCCUCGAUGCUUUGGACACGUUGGAGCCGCUGUGUGAAUUGAAAGUUGCCUACCACGAGGAGUGGUUGCUGAGCCGUAAAAAGAUGAAUGAGGAUAUCCUCAAGCCCUACGAUUGGACGUAUCUGACUAACUACGGCGGCAACGGUGACUUUGACUGGCAAGACACCGAAGAGGAGCUCCCCAUUGCCAAAUUGCUUCAGCCCGAUCCCAUUUUAUUCUUUGACGAGCUGAUACUCUUUGAGGAUGAGUUAGGCGACAACGGGAUCCUGAUGCUUCUGACGAAGAUCCGGGUGAUGCCGACGUGUCUCUUGCUCCUCUGUCGCCUUUUCCUCCGUAUCGACGAUGUCAUCUUCCGCAUCCGCGACACCCGGGUCUACGUUGACUUCGACACCAACCGAAUACUCCGCGAGCUCAAGUACCAGGAGUUGGACUACCCGCUGGUGCUUGCGAUGACGGCGAAGACGAGCGACCCCAAAAAGCUUUUGCGCGACGCCAACUGGGUGAGCCAGAAGCUCCCCGUGAUCUCGUGUCGCCGCCAGGUGGCUCUGCCGGAAUAA